AUGUUUGGAGGAACUCGCACGAAUGGCUUGGCAGCUGCGCGUCAGCGCCAGGCGCAACAGUUGCCAGAGGAUGCCUCGGUGGGCAGGUUCAAUGCGGGAUUUGCAGAGUCGCACGAGAUUAGAGAAGUAGGUGGAGCCAUGACAAUUGCAGAGGUCAAGUACUCGCUGGAGAAGGAGACGACUGUAGAUGAAGAGAGGCAUGUUGGAGGAUAUAGCAAAUCUGCGUGAGUUGUAGGCACGGAUGUCGGGCUCGAGGCGAUGAAUGCAGGGGCUCGGAGAGACUGGUAAGACCGAUAUGAGCUGCUGAUAAGACGCUACAAGGGCUGGACCGCAGAGUUCGAAAAGGGGCAGCAGUGUCUCUCAAGCUGACAAGCUGACGAGAUCGUUUUGCCUGCAUGCAUACAGCGUGCUACAAAAGUGUAUGGACUAUGCCGAGGCAUUCAGCAAGUUCAAGGAUUUCUCUUCCAUUAAGGCAGUGCGCGCGUGAGUCCGACAUUCUGAAGGAGAGAUGCCGAGAUCAUGUGCCCAAUGGCGUCGGUGAUAAGUGAAGUCUGACUGAUGCAGACUGAUUUGAUUCUCAUUCAGCGAAUUGAUCGAGCGUGACUAUCCCAAGCCGCUCUAUGACGACCAAGGAAAGCCGACUGCGUUCGAAGAGAAUGAAAAUAAUGUUGGCACACUGUACUUGACGAGGUUCGAAAUGGCUCAGCUUGUCAAUCUUUCCAUCGAGGAUGUUGAGGAAGCAAAGACUUUGAUCCCAACGUGAGUUGACGGUCGUCGUCUUGCAAGCUCCCAAAUGGCCCUCUUUGAGCUUGAACAUGCAUGCUAACUCGUGCUGAGUCGACUGGCCUUCCGGGGCACAUGCUGCCAUAUCGCCAUACGCAUGCCAACAGCUUGGCAGACAAGGACGAUGCGCAGCUCGAGCAGGUCAUCGCAUCCCUCUCCACCCGCAGACGUUUUCAGAAUUGA